GGCCCCUGAAGGACGUGCCCCUGGGGCAGCUGGAGGCCGAGCUGCGCGCGCCCGACAUCACCCCCGACAUGUACGACCCCAACACGGCCGACGACGAGGAGUGGAAGAGGUGGCUGGGGGGGCUCAUGAACGACGAUGUGGAGAACGAAGAUGAAGCUGAUGAUGAUGAUGACCCCGAGUACAACUUCCUGGAGGAUCUGGACGAGCCGGACACCGGAGGAUUUCAGGAACGACCGUGCUGUGAGGAUCACCAAGAAGGAGGUGAACGAGCUGAUGGAGGAGCUGUUUGAGACAUUCCAGGACGAGAUGGGUUUCUCCCACGUGGAGGACGAAGGCCCCGAGGACGAGGACGUCGUCGCGGAGCCCCGGCCCAACUUCAACACCCCCCAGGCUCUCAGGUUUGAGGAACCUCUGGCCAAUCUGCUGAACGAGCAGCACCGGACGGUGAAGGAGCAGCUGGAGCAGCUGAGGAUGAAAAAAUCCUCCAUCAAACCCCCCCAGGAGGCUGAAAAAUCCAAAGCCCCAAGCGAGAAGCCCCUGCAGAGCCUCGUGCUGGACGGGGCCCAGAGGAAGAGGCUGCAGCAGCAGAUGCAGCAGCACGUUCAGCUUCUGACCCAAAUCCAUCUCCUGGCGAGUUGCAACCCCGCCCUGAGCUCCGAGGCCGGCACAACCAGGAUGUUCCUGAACGAGCUGGGGAACUUCGCCCGCAGCUCCACCCUGCUCCGCCUGCCGCUCCAUCCCAAAUUCCAGACCAUGUUCCAGCCCUGCAACCUGCAGGGAGCCCUCAGGCUCCUGGAGGACUUCCAUGCCCGGGUGCCCGUGGACUGCAGCCCCAGGAAAGCUGUCAAGAAGAACAAUGCCAGUGAAUUUUCCUGUCUGCCAAAGCAACUGGCCUGGAUUUUUGCGACGAGGAGAGUCUUCAUGUACCCAGAGCUGCUGCCAAUCUGCUCCCUGAGGGCAAACCCUCCCCGGGACAAGAUCGUCUUCACCAAGGCAGAGGACAAUUUGUUGGCUCUGGGGCUGAAGCACUUCGAGGGCACGGAGUUUCCCAAGCCCCUGAUCAGCAAGUACCUCCUGCCCACCAAAACCGCCCACCAGCUCACGGUGAGGAUCAAGAACCUCAACAUGAACCGAGCCCCCGACAACAUCGUCAGGUACUACAAGAAGACGAAGCAGCUGCCUGUGCUGGUGAAGUGCUGCGAGGAAAUCCAGCCCCACGAGUGGAAAGCGCCCGUGGAGAGGGAGGAGCAUCGGCUGCCCUUCUGGCUCAAGGCAAGCUUGCCCUCCAUCCAGGAGGAACUGAAGCAGCUGGCAGGAGAUGCCAAGGAGAUGCCAGCUUCACCAGCUGCAGAGUCUGCCUUUCUGGGGGCAGCAAAAGAAGCUCCAGACGCGGAGCACGAUGACAAAUACCCUCUGCUCAUGCCCAAGGGGCUCGUCCUGACCCUGAAGCCCUUGGCCAACCGGUUCUCCCGGCGGGCGUGGAGGAGACAGAGAUCCUCGGCGCUGAAGCCCGUGCUGAUCCGCCCCAACCCCGGCGUGCAGCCCAGCUCCAGCUCCAGCGAUUCCAACCCCCAGAAGCCUGGCAAGUGUCCAGGCGAGGCUCCUCCCAGCAAAGUCGUGCUCCAGGUCCCUCGGCCGGUGCCGGUGAUGCCGGCGGUGCCGGCGGUGCAGCCCCUCGGCGUGCCGGCGGUGCUGGGAGGCGGGGACGGCUUGGAAUUCCAGAAGGUGCUCCCCGCUGCGCCCCCAGACUCCAGACCGACCUUCUCGACCGCCGUGCCACCGGCUCUGGUGUCCCCAGACCCGGCCGCCUUCCAGCCCAAGCUGAUGCUGCCGGCGCUGGCCGGGCCGAAAUCCCGCAGGCCUUGCGUCCGCAAGGGCUGCCAGAGGAAGAAAGGGAGCAAAACCGCCCCGCUGAUGGAACCCUCGGCCCUGAUCCAGCCGUCCCCGGUCAUCCUGACCGUCCCCGCCGCCACGGUGAAGGUGGUCAACAUCGGCAACGUCAUCCAGCCCCUCGGCGCCGCCGUGGGCCGCGGCCCUCAGGCCAUCCCGCUCACCACCCUGCUGGUGAACCCGGCCCCGUUCCCGUGUCCCCUGAGCCAGCCCCUGGUGACCUCGUCCAUCCCGUCCCUGCUGGUGUCGCCGAGCCCCGUGGGCCUCUCGGCGCCGCCCGCGGGGGGCGAGGCCGAGGAGCGGCUGCCCCGGGGCGGGUUCCCCACGGGGGAACCCAAGGUGGAGCCCCCCGAGCUCUUGGUUCCCUGCUCGUCCCUGUGCCCCGAGGAGCAGCAGCAGCAGGAGGAGGAGGAGAAGGAGGAGCAGCGGGGCCCGGAGCCUUCCCCUCGCCGGGACGAGGCGGGCGAUGGGGACGGGAGCUCCGCGGAGCCUCGCGGGGACGAGGCGGCCAAAACCCACCCUGAGGAGCCCGACGGGGAGGGCAAGGCCGGGCAGAGGAGGGAGGUGCCACCCACCCAGCCCAAGGAGGAGUUCCUGCUGGGGCUGGGCCAGGAGCUGAACGUGGAGGCCGUGGACCCCAAGGGGGACCGCGCCGCGGGCGAGGAGGAGGAGGAGGAGAAGGGCGAGGAGGAAGGGCGGGCCCUGCAGUCCCCUCCCCAGGGGGACGUGGUGGUCUCCGGGCCCCCGGGGAGCGGUGAAUCCCCCCGGGACCCCCCGUGCCCGGCCGAGGGCGAGCCCGAGUUCAGCAGCCCCCCGGGCAGGCCCGAGGACUCGUCCAGUGUCGAUGGGCAGUCCGUGGGCACCCCGGCGGGCCCCGAGGCCGCGGGGGACAGGGAAGGGCAGGAGGAGGAGGAGGAGGACGACUUCGAUGAUUUCACCCAGGAUGAGGACGAGGAGAUGUCGUCGGCCUCGGAGGAGUCGGUCCUGUCGGUGCCGGAGCUCCAGGAGACCAUGGAAAAACUCACUUGGCUUGCAACAGAGAGACGUUUGAGCCAGGAGGGAGAUUCUGAAGAGGAGAAUUCCCAGGAGGAGAACUCUGAGCCCGAGGAAGAGGAGGAGGAGGAAGGGGAAGGCAUAGAGAGUUCACAGAAAGACGAUGAAACCUGCGGGGAUGCAUCAGAGGAGCCCAAAUCUGCCUUCACCUUGGCCAAGGCAGCUUCCCCCCAGGUGGAGACCCACAGGAUUCCAGCAGGAGAGAACCUGAAGGCCCCUGGGAAGGGCAGGAGCUCCCACAGGACCAGGAACAAGCGGGGCCGGGCUCGUGGCAGCAAAGACACCUCCAAGCUGCUGCUGCUCUACGACGAGGACAUCCUGGAGAGGGACCCCCUGAGGGAGCAGAAGGACCUGGCCUUUGCCCAGGCCUACCUGACCAGGGUCCGUGAAACGCUGCAGCACAUUCCAGGGAAAUACGAAGACUUCCUUCGGGUCAUCUACGAGUUUGAGAUCAGCACGGGCAAGAGGACAGCUGUGGACCUCUAUUCCACCCUCCAGAAGCUGCUGCACGACUGGCCCCAGCUGCUCACAGAUUUUGCUGCCUUCCUCCUGCCAGAGCAGGCCCUGGAGUGUGGGCUGUUUGAGGAGCAGCAGGCCUUCGAGAAGAGCCGCAAGUUCCUCAGGCAGCUGGAGAUCUGCUUCGCUGAGAACCCUGCCCACCACCAGAAGAUCAUCAAAGUCCUGCAGAGCUGUGCUGAUUGUCUGCCCCAGGAGAUUGCAGAGCUGAAGACCCAGAUGUGGCAGCUGCUGAAGGGGCACGACCACCUGCAGGACGAGUUCUCCGUCUUCUUCGACCACCUGAGGCCCUCGGCCAGCAGGAUGGGGGACUUCGAGGAGAUCAACUGGACAGAAGAGAAGGAAUACGAGUUUGAUGGCUUUGAGGAGGUGUCUCUGCCAGAUGUAGAGGAGGAGGACGAGCCCCCCAAGAUCCACGGGGCUGCCAGGAGCAAGAAGAGGAAGGAGAUUGGGGGCCAACACAACGACAAGGAGGUGGAGUGGGUGGAGGGGAUGAAGGAGUGUCCCUGUGCCUGCCACGAAGGGAGCAGUGACCUCAAGCUCAAGAAGAGCAAAAGGAGGAGCUGCAGCCACUGCAGCAGCAAGGUGUGUGACAGCAAGUUCUACAAAAGGACGGACCCUCAGGAGCUGAGUGCCAGCCUGGCCCAGCAGGAGUCGAGCCCUCAGCCAGAAGGGAAGGAUCCUGGGGUGCCCAGGGAACCUGCAGAGGAGCUCCUGGAGAGCAGGGACGAGGGGGAGGACGCCCAGGGCAAAGCCAAACCCGCUCCCAGGAAAGUGGACUCCGUGUCUGCAGGAUCUCCCCUGGAAGGAAAAGCUGCCUCCAGCAGGCAGGGGUGUGGUGACAAAGCUGCCCCUCCCGACGCUCAGGCGGCAGGAGGUGCCGCUGUGGGCACUGCCCGGGACACAGACUCUGCCUCCACCGGCCCCAGAUGGGCCCAGCUGCCAAAAACUGCUCCAAAACUACCUCAGGAAACCAAAGACACUGCGGGGAGAGAGGGACUGGACCAGCAGCCUGGAGGGAACGGGGAUGAAGUUUCCCUGGGGCUGAGCAGGGACCUGCUGGUGCCUUCCCCAAAAGGGACACCGGGACCUCGGUCCUGCCACGCACAGAGCGAGGGGACUCCUCCUCCUGACCCAGCAGAGAGGCUCAGGGGGCCUGGCCCUGCCUCAGGAGCAGGAGGGGAAGGACUUGAGGGGCCACCUUUGGAGGGCAAGGCUGGAGCCAGGCAGGGCUGGGUGCCCGCGGGUGGCAAAGCCCCCGUGGGCCGGGGUGGCCGUGGCUCGGGGGCAGAAGGCACAGCCUGCACUGCUGAUGGCCCCCCUGAGGGCAGGACGAAGGCAAACAGCUGCUUGCAGGGGCACCAGCACCCUGAGCAGCCCAGGGUGGGCCCAGCCUGCCUGGGGCACAGGGAGGAGGAGCAGCAGCAGCAGCAGAAGGUCACGGAGGCCACCGUGUGUGCCAAGAACAGCAAGGUCAGCUCCACCGGGGAGAAGGUGGUGCUCUGGACCAGGGAGGCUGACAGAGUCAUCCUCACUACCUGCCAGGAGAAAGGAGCCCACCUGGACACCUUCCAUGCCAUCUCCCAGAAACUGGGCAACAAGACGGCGAGCGAGGUGUCCCACAGGUUCAGGGAGCUGAUGAGGCUCUUCCACACGUCCUGUGACGGCAGCUCCGAGGACGAGGAGGACGCCACGAGCACCAGCAACACGGACCAGCUGUCGGACAAAGACCUCCUGCUCUCCGAGGAAGAACCUGAUGACUGAGCUGUUCAAAACACACUGACUGCCCCCCGGGAGAGGUUUCUCGUUUUGUUUUGCCAGUUUGCUGCUAGACAGGUGCUGUGGGGAAAAAAAAAAAAAGAUGUUUGCACAGGUGUUGAGACGGCGGCGCCUUUGCCCGGGUUCUGUUCGCUUUUCCUGCUCCACUUCUGAGGAGCUGCAACACCCAGCCCGUCCCAAACCGGAGGCACCAAGCAAAGUGUCCUCCAGAACCUCCCUGGGGAGCUUCAGCAGAGAAACAGCAGAGAAACCCCCUCGGGGAGGGGGGAAAAAGGUUGGGCCCAGCAGCUUCGGACCAGAAGAUGUAAAUAUUGUACCCUAAGAAGUCAAGUUUUCACGUGGAAAGAACACGGGACUUUUUUUUUAAGUUCUUC